AUGUUCAUUCGUUGCCUUCUUGUCCUCUUGGCUGGGACACAUGUGGCCGCCGCCAAGUGCAAAUGUACCCCACUGGAUUCCUGUUGGCCGUCCAGUGGCACCUGGACCGCUCUAAACGCAUCAGUUGACGGCCGACUCGUCCGAAACGAGCCUUUGGCCAAACCGUGCUAUCCAGGCCAAGGCUACAGCGCCGCCCUCUGCCAACAAGUCAGUACCAACUGGUUCAAUGAAACCUGGGUAGUAGACUCGCCAAUUGGAUACGUCUAUCCUCUUGGUGCGAACUCUUGCCCGCCGCUCAAUGCCUCGGUCGCUGUAUACCCGAUCUGUGAGCUCGGUGUGGCGCCCGCGUACAGUAUCAAGGCGACCAACGCAGAUGAUGUGGCGGCUGGCAUCAAGUUCGCAAAGGAGCACAACGUGAGACUGGUUGUCAAACUGACGGGCCAUGAUCUCGAACAUCGAUCACAAGGAUAUGGCAGUUUGUCCAUUUGGGUCCGCAGCAUCCAAAAUGGACUGAAGUUGCAAGACAAGUUUACAUCAGCGGAUGGCUCUUGCAACUCGGAUUGGACCGGCAGUGCAGUCCAGAUCAACGGCGGUUAUCUCUGGGUCGACAUCUAUAAGUUUGCGGGUGAUCGCGGCUACCAUGUGGUUGGUGGCGCAGAUCGCACGGUUGGCACCAUCGGUGGAUACCUGCAGGGAGGUGGCCACGGCGCUUUGAGCCAUUUCCACGGACUGGCAACCGAUCAGGUUCUCGAAUACCAAGUUGUUCUCGCGUCAGGCGAGCUGGUCGUUGCAAACGCCUGCCAAAACACGGAUCUCUUCACUGCUCUCCGCGGAGGAGGCGGUGGGACUUUUGGCGUCGUGAUAUCUGCCACCAUCAAAGCAUACAAAGACCAACCGGUCCUGCUCCACAACCUGGAGGUCAUUGCCCUGCCCGAUGACUCCUUUGAGGACAAUGUGAACGAGCUUUACAAAGUGACGACAGACAUCCUCUCAGAGUACCCCGGUCUGUCCGAUGCCGGAUGGGCCGGCACAGCCUGGUUCACAGUUGGCGAAGGACUCGCUUAUUACGGACACCCGUUUCUUUCUUUACUCGAGGACAACUCGACCGCCGCUGUCGAUAAAGCGAAGAAGGCCAUGGAGGACAAGAUCCUGAGCAAACUGACCAAGUACGAGAAUGGCGCUACUCUGAAGAUCGAAUCGCAAUGGAAGCAGUACAAUUCCUUCAGGGAUUACAUCUUCCUUCCUCCUUUCAACCCAAUUCCUGCAGGGGGGACCUCGAUCAUGUCAUCGUGGCUUUUCGACCGGAAGUCUCUCGAAUCCCCGUCUGGAAACACCACACAGCUUCUGCAGACCCUGAAUUCCGGGAACGACAACAUCCCCUUGAUGACACCCGGCGGCGGUGCAACUUUGUUCAAUCUUGUUGCUGGCGGCAAGGUGCUCGACGAGGUACCGCACACGUCCGUAUCGCCAGCCUGGCGCCGGGCGUAUCUCCUCGUCGAGCAGAUCGAUACCUGGCCGAAGAACUGGGGCCCAGAAGCGAUCAAGGAGAAAAUUGAUAGAGCCACCCACACCAAGUUGAAGGCUAUGAAGGAUUUCUCGCCUGGAAUGGGGACGUACUCCAAUGAGGCUGAUCCCUACGAUCCAGACUGGAAACAGAGCUGGUGGGGAGAUAAUUACGACUUCCUUCUCUCUGUGAAGGAGAAGUAUGACCCCGAUCGUGUCUUCUGGACGUGGAAGAGUGUGGGCAAUGACGGCUGGGGAGAAGUAAAAGGUGGUGGCUUAUAUGGGCCUUUGUGCGAAACCGGCACCUCUGCCAAUUAA